GCCCUGCCCCGCGCCCCGGCGCCGCCUGAGCCGGCGGGGCCAUGGAGCGCACGCCGCCCGACGGGCCGCUGAACGCGUCGGGGGCGCUGGCGGGCGAGGCGGCGGCUGCGGGCGGGGCGCGCGGCUUCUCUGCCGCCUGGACCGCGGUGCUGGCCGCGCUCAUGGCGCUGCUUAUCGUGGCCACGGUGCUCGGCAACGCGCUGGUCAUGCUCGCCUUCGUAGCCGACUCGAGCCUCCGCACCCAGAACAACUUCUUUCUGCUCAACCUCGCCAUCUCCGACUUCCUCGUGGGGGCCUUCUGCAUCCCACUCUACGUGCCCUAUGUGCUGACUGGCCGCUGGCCCUUUAGCCGGGGUCUCUGCAAGCUGUGGCUGGUGGUGGACUAUCUGCUCUGCACCUCCUCCGUCUUCAACAUCGUGCUCAUCAGCUACGACCGCUUCCUGUCAGUCACCCGCGCUGUGUCCUACCGGGCGCAGCAGGGUGACACGCGGCGGGCUGUGCAGAAGAUGGUGCUGGUGUGGGUGCUGGCCUUCCUGCUGUACGGGCCGGCCAUCCUGAGCUGGGAGUACCUGUCUGGCGGCAGCGCCAUCCCAGAGGGCCACUGCUAUGCCGAGUUCUUCUACAACUGGUACUUCCUCAUCACGGCCUCCACGCUCGAGUUCUUCACGCCCUUCCUCAGCGUCACUUUCUUCAACCUGAGCAUCUACCUGAACAUCCAGAGGCGCACCCGUGUCCGGCUGGAUGGGGCACGGGACCCCGAGCCCGCGCCCGAGGCCCAGCCCUCUCCCCCGCCGGCCGCACCGGGCUGCUGGGGCUGCUGGCACAAGGGGCGAGGGGAGGCCGUGCCGCUGCACAGGUAUGGGGUCGGGGUUGGCGAGGCAGCCCCUGGCACCGAGGCCGGGGAGGCGGCCCUCGGGGGCGGCAGCGGUGGGGGCGCUGCGGCCUCGCCCACCUCCAGCUCCGGCAGCUCCUCACGGGGCACAGAGCGGCCGCGCUCGCUCAAACGUGGCUCCAAGCCCUCGGCAUCCUCCGCAUCGCUGGAGAAGCGCAUGAAGAUGGUAUCCCAGAGCAUCACCCAGCGCUUCCGGCUGUCGCGGGACAAGAAGGUGGCCAAGUCGCUGGCCGUCAUCGUGAGCAUCUUUGGGCUCUGCUGGGCCCCAUACACACUCCUGAUGAUCAUCCGGGCCGCCUGCCAUGGCCACUGCGUCCCUGACUACUGGUACGAGACAUCCUUCUGGCUGCUGUGGGCCAACUCAGCCGUCAACCCUGUCCUCUAUCCUCUGUGCCACUACAGUUUCCGACGAGCCUUCACCAAGCUGCUCUGCCCCCAAAAGCUCAAGAUCCAGCCCAACAGCUCCCUGGAGCGCUGCUGGAAGAAGACGAAGAAGAAAACACGUCCGUGAACUCCCUGUUCCUUGGCUGUUUAAUCAAGAGAGACAAAAUUGCUGAGGAGCUCAGGGCUGGAUUGGCAGGUGUGGGCUCCCACGCCCUCCUUCCUCACGCUGCUGCUUCCGGCUGAGCUGCACCAGCUGCUUCUGCCCACCCCGCCCCCGGGCUC